CAGUUGUCUAAACACAAACAACUUUUACCAUAACCAAGUACAGCAUCACAUCUCCAUGUGUCUAUCGUCUGUCUACCUGUUGGUCUAUUUGUCCAUGUGUCUGCCUAUCUGUCUAUUGUUCGUCUGUGAGUUUGGCUAUCUGUCUGUUUAUGUGCCUGUCCAUAUAUUUGUCUGUCUAACGUUUGUCUACAUGUCAGUCUAUAGGUCUGGCUAUCUGUCUAUGUGUCCCUUUGUUUGUCUAUCAUUUGUGUGUGUGUCUGUCUGUCCUUAUGUGUCUGUCUCUUGUUUGUCUGUGUCUGUCCGUCUGUUUAUGUCUCUGUCCAUAUGUUUGUGUCUAUUGUUGGUCUACAUAUCUGGCUAUCUGUCUGUUUAUGAGUCUGUCCACAUACUUCUGUCUAUUGUCUGUCUACAUGUCUGUCUAUUGUUUGUCCAUGGAUCUGGCUAUCUGUCUGUUUAUGAGUCUGUCCAUAUACUUGUCUGUCUAUUGUCUGUCUACAUGUCCGUCUAUCGUUUGUUCAUGGAUCUGGCUAUCUGUCUGUUUAAGAGUCUGUCCAUAUAUGUUGCUGUCCAUUUAUGUCUGUCUAUCAUCUGUCAACAUAUCUGUCAAUUGGUUGUCCAAGUGUCUGGCUAUCCGUUUAUUUUUCUAUCAUCUGUAUAUGUGUCUGUCUGUCUAUUGUUGGUCUAUGUGCCUGGCUAUCUGUCUGUUUAUGUGUCUGUCCAUAUAUUUGUCUGUCUAUUGUCUGUCUAUGUCUGUCUAUUGUUUGUCCAUAGAUCUGGCUAUCUGUCUGUUUAUGUGUCUGUCCAUAUAUUUGUCUGUCUAUUGUCUGUCUACAUGUCUGUGUAUUGUUUGUCCAUAGGUCUGGCUAUCUGUCUAUGUGUCCGUUUGUCUGUCUAUCAUCUGUGUGUGUGUGUUUAUGUGUCUGUCUAUUGCUUGUCGGUGUCUGUCUGUCUGUUUAUGUGUCUGUCCAUAUAUUUGUGUCUAUUGUUGGUCUACAUAUUUGUCUAUCGCUUGUUUAUGAGUCUGUCCAUAUAUUUGUCUGUCUAUGUGUCUAGUUAUCUGUCUGUCUGUCUAUGUGUUUGUCCAUUUAUUUGUCUGUCUAUCAUCUGUCUACAUGUCUGUCUAUUGUUUGUCAAUGUGCCUGUCUAUUGUCCAUCCACGCGUCUGUCUGUUGUUAGUCCAAGUGCCUGUACGAUUAACUACCACCUGUCCAUGUAUCAGUCCAUGUAUAUAAAUAUGUCUAACUACCGUUUGUCCAUCAUGUAUCUUUGUCUAUGUGUCUAUCAGUCUAUCGUCUGUCCACUUGUUGUCCAUCUAUUGUCCGUUUAGUGUCUGUUUCUCUGUCCAUCUAUCUGUCUACUUGUCUGUCCACCUACUUCCUGCCCGACUAGCAAUCUGCAUAUUUAAAAAAUUAUUAGUAAAUUUAUAAUUUAUUUUCCUGCCCUCCAUCCUGUAUUUCUAUGUCAACCAUCA